AUGCACUAAUGUGUUUUAAAUUAUACAAUCAAUAAAAGCAUUCUGUUAGGUAAAGGCGGAUUUGGAAGUGUUUAUUUGACUUAAAAUGAAUUAAAUCAAGAGUUUGCUUGUAAAAUAAUGUAAAAUCUUGAGAUAAGUAGAUCAUUAUCAUAGAGUCAGAAUAACUAAAGAAAGCUUAAAUAACUUGUUGAUCGAGAAUUAUCUAUAAUGAGUACUUUGGAUAAUUUGAAUAUUGGUAAAAAUGACCCAUUCAUAUUUUGA